UUGUUGUGUUCCACUGUAUUACAAAUUUUUGAUAAAUAAACUCCCGCGAAAGAAAACUUAAGUGUGGCCUUGUCAAAUCUCCUGACUCAAUUUCCGGGCACACUUUCGCGAAUAACUAUGAAAUUGAUCUGAAAAUUAUUCGCCGAGGAAGAGCAAAGUAGAAAAACGUGUAAAAACGUCAAAACCUGUAUGUUCGCAUCGUGCCCGGCCCAAAUCGAUACCAAGCAAUUCUAAUCAGCUGAUCUUCUCAUCCCCCUCCCAUUCUACUAGUUUCCAUUCAUGACAUACAACACACCCUAAAGGUCGCCAACUGUCAAGAAACAGUUGCAAUUCGUGAUAGAAGUGAACAUUGCAGCAUUUGUGGAGCAUGGCAUGGCACUGCAAUGGUGUGACAAAUCGAGAUAUGGUGUUAAAGUUAAAAGAAUCUGGUAUUCUAACAACAAUCAGAGCAGAAGCUGCUAUGCUCGCAGUAGAUAGAGCAAAAUAUUGUCAUGAAGCAGAUCCUUAUCUUGAUCGACCUAGAAAAAUUGGUUACAACGUUACAAUCAGUGCUCCACAUAUGCAUGCCUAUGCAUUGUCGAUGCUCUCCGAUCAACUGUUUGAUGGUGCUAAGGCAUUGGAUGUUGGUUCAGGUUCCGGUUAUUUAUCAGCUUGUAUGGCUUUUAUGGUUGGUCCUCGUGGACGAGUCAUCGGCAUCGAGCAUAUUCCUGAUCUAAUAGAAGUUGCUACAAGAAAUGUACGGGAGGAUUGUCCACAUUUUCUCCAAGAUGGCCGUCUUAAAUUUGUUGUGGGAGAUGGCAGAUUGGGACAUACCGCUGAUGGGCCUUACGAUGCUAUACAUGUAGGAGCUGCAGCUGAAAUCCUUCCACAAAAAUUGAUAGAUCAGCUAGCUCCUGGAGGUCGGCUUAUCUGUCCUGUAGUUGCCAUUGAAGGUUUCCAAAGAUUUCAAGAUUUACUACAAGUGGAUAAGAAAGCGGAUGGAUCUUACACAAAACAAAAAUUAAUGCAAGUUUCAUAUGUUCCUCUAACUGAUCCUAAUACACAAUUACGUAACUGAAGUACUUAGUAAGUUUUGCUAUAAGUUUAAGAUAGCAAAAUGCUUACCAGUAAUCGUUGAUAUUGGAACCACUGUGCUACUUUGUUUUACGCAUAAGCAAAUUAUAGAAGCAGUUGCCCCUUUUUGACUGAUGGCAUAUUAUUAAUAAAAUAUAUUUUACUUACACCUUCAGUGUUAUACUCUUGUUCCUUAUGAUAUUAAUUUCUCAAAUAUAUAUACAUACAAUAAAAUAAAUAAAAUAUUUCUGAUUUAAAAUAUUGUUUAGAAAAUUAUUUUAAAUAGUGCUGGUUACUUUAAUUAUUUCAAAUACUGCUUAAUACUAAAUUUACCAUGAUCGGUCAAAUGACUGAUUAUAAUAUUUUUAGCAGCAUUUCUUAUAAAUUAUAAUGGUAUUUAGUGAGCCAAGAAUUCUUAUUGCAUAAAUAAUACAUUUUUUGCUAUACAUACAUCAUAAAAUAUAUGAUUUUUUGAAGAACGGCCUUUUGAUCUGCUGUGGUAGAAAUAGAUAUACGUAAGGAGUAUUGGUACGUUUAGUGUUAAUAAAAUUUUUUAAAUUAAAUCUCUAUGCAAUAUACUUAAAUUAUUCAACAAUAUUUGAGUUGUAUAAUAUAAUUAUACAAAAAUAUAAAUCACAUCAUAAUAUUAAUUACUCUGAACUCAUCCUAUAAGGAAUCAUUUUUUAGAUAAUUAAAUGUAUAGAAUUAUAAAGAAACAAAAAGUAUACUAUUAUUACGUCAUAAAUUAUUAAAUAUAUGUAAAUAAAUCUAUAAUAUUCGGUUGACAUGGUUCUUUUGUAAAACGAAUAGAGCGCCUUAAAAGACUAUAAUAACCCCAAAUGCACUGUAACAAAAACGAAAGUAUAUCAAUCGAUGCGCGUGCGCAGAUCGAUUAUACCAUGAACUAUAUGAAGUAUAUACUUAAUGUAAAAUUAAUGUUUAAAUGUUCUAUGUCCCCAUGUUAUCAGAAUAAUAAACAAUUGAUUUUUAAUGUA